AUGGUGGAGGCCGUAGAAGGGGACGCGGCCUUUGCCGCCGGCAUCUUUAAGAACUGCUUCGGCCGUGGCGGCGACUUCACGGUGGUGGUAGAAGAGCCGCAAGCUGAGGAUAGCUGCGGGUCAGAAGUUGUCAAGCGAGUGGAGUUUAAGGUUUGGUCGCAGUUGCUGGCCAGCUGGUCUGCUGUGUUCGACAAGAUGAUCAACUCUGAGGAGUUUCUCGAGCAUAAGAAGGCCCAGGUGGUUCUUACGGACUUCUCUAGUGGAGCGACGGAGAUCUUCCUUCGUUUCCUCUAUUCCGGAAUCGUAGAAGGCCCUCUGGAAACCCUCGUAGAAGUUUGCGCGAUGGCGGACAAAUACCAGGUGGACAGACUGCACCAGCUCUGCACACAGGCGUUCCAGAAAGGACUGACGCCCGAGAAUGCCUGCCAGCUCUUUGCCGCUGCCGCCCGCUUCCGGCUUCUAGACUUGCGCAGAGUGGCGCUCGAGGAGAUCUGGGUCAAGGCAAAAGACACGUUGAAGGAAUGCCCAAAGAUAAGCCCUGAGCUCUUGGAGGAGAUCCUCGCUCCCGGCCUGAUCUGCAUGAGCCAUGCUGAUCUCAGGGCCGUCUUGCAAGGGUGGAGCUCUGGUAGGAAACGGAAGGCUGGUGAGGAAGCGACCUUGCCUUCGCAUUUGCAGCCGGUCAUCGAGAGACACUUGGAGCGGUUGAACGAUGAAGAGGAACGCAUUUUGGCCGCAUAUGGGCUAGAUGUGGAGUGGUCAGUAUUUGCAGUCCACAACCAGGAUAUCUUCAAUGGCCUUUUCGACGACUGCCAAGACAUGGAGGACGACGGCAUAUGCUUUUUGGGCUACUAUCUGCAAGUAGUCUUCGGUCGGAAGAGCUGGGCCUUUCGUUCGCGAAACCCGGAGCCACUGGAGGAGUACUUCGGUAAUGGUCUGCCCUUCUCUCUGAGUUCGGACUCAAUUUCAUGGAUGCUGCCCCAUGAGUCCGUGUAUCUCAUGGGCCUUUCCUUCGUCUUGGACAUGCCAGAGCAAGUCCACUGCCGGAUCUUCUGUUCCGAGGAUGGUGUGAGCUGGCAUCUUGCUGCCGACUCAGGAAAGUCCAAGAUCGAAGCCGAGAGUGCGCUAUCCCUCAGCCGGCCCCCUUCCUUGGUGAAGUGGUUCAAGCUCGAGGUUCUGGAAGGCGACUUUCACAACAACUUGCGCAUCAGCGGAAUCCGAAAGGACGAUAUUCCUGCAUAG